CGUAAACUUACUUUUAGUGUCUUUUAGUGUUUGGCGCGAACUUACGCGCGGCGUACGCGUACUUCGUGCUUGCGUCAGUAAAAUUGUAUAAAGUGAUCGUUACGUUCGUGAUUUUUAUUAAUAAAGUGACUAUAAUCCAAGUGAACAGUUUCGUUCGUUCGAAGAAAACCUACCUGGAAAAGUUUUAUUUGAUUUGUUUUAUCAAAGAGCUCGGGUUCUUGUCACGGAGGACAGCCAAAAAAGGAGACUAGCCAGAUGGCGUGUUUGAUACUAAAACGCCGGACGCUUUUAAAAAAAUAAAAUGUCGAGAAAAAAAAAACAAAUUCCAAAUUCAAAUCAUUCAAAUAGUUUUAAUUAGUUCGUGAAGUGCGUGACAAAAGUGAUAUCGAUAGUGUUUUCGAUAAGUUGCUUUAAAAAUGGAGCAACAUAAUGCAAGUUUAGUGAGCAUGGAGCAAAACAUGACGUAUUAUCCGAGAGAGGCUACUAUUGUAGCUGCGGUUUGUGCUUGCAUCUUCAGCGUUGUUGGAGUAGUUGGCAACCUCAUCACCACAAUAGCCCUGUUAAUGCAUCCGAAGCUGCGUGGUCACGUGACCACGAUGUUCGUACUGUCCCUCUGCGUGUCGGACCUACUGUUCUGCGGCAUCAACCUGCCCCUCACGGCGAGCCGGUUCAUCCACCAGCGGUGGACGUUGGGAGAAACCAUGUGCCAAAUGUUCGCCUUCGUCUUCUACGGCAACGAGGCGGUGUCGCUACUGUCUAUGGUGGCGAUCACGAUCAACAGGUACACUCUGAUCGCGUACUACGACAUGUACGCCCAGAUCUACACGCCCACCAAGAUCUGGAUACAGCUGCUGCUGAUAUGGCUGGUCUCCUUCGGUUUGAUGGUACCACCCCUCCUAGGAGUAUGGGGCCAACUAGGACUAGAUUCCAAGACUUUCAGCUGCACAAUACUCCCCAAAGACAGUAAAUCACCAAAGAAAUACCUUUUCGUAUUCGGUUUCGCUCUGCCGUGUCUUGUCAUCAUCGUGUCGUAUUCCUGCAUCUACUGGCGAGUUAGAGAGAGCAAGAGGAAGCUGGAAGGCAGAAGCAAACUCAGCGGGCAGACAGCGAAAGAGAAAGAAGAGGACUCCCGUCUCACAACACUGAUGCUGACCAUCUUCCUCUGUUUCUUAGCGUGUUUCCUGCCCCUGAUGGUCAUGAACGUAGCCUUCGACGGGAUAACCUACCCUUGGUUCCACAUAAUAGCGUCCAUUUUAGCUUGGGCGUCGAGCGUCAUCAACCCGCUGAUUUACGCGGCGACGAAUAGACAAUACAGAGCGGCAUACGCGAAUCUACUAAAGUUCUGCAAGAAUAAUCCGGUGGCUCGAAGGACCACGUGGGGCAGUCGAACUGUGGGACAGUCCUCCAAUUCGCCAAAUUACGUAGAAAAGAGGAAAGAUAACCCAACCAAAUUAUGAGGACCUACUUGAUUGCAAAUGUGUGAGAAACACUAAUCUGAUUCUUAUUUAUAUUCGAGCUAAGGUUGAUUUUUCAUCAAUCACCGUUGUUUGAUUUCUCGAACUACCCUCAUCCAAUGUGGAUUUCGUUGAUACUCAUUAUAGAUAGUGAUUUUGUGAAGGAUUUGAUUUCAUAAGCUAAAGGGCAGCUAGUGAUAAAAUAAAAGGAAUUCUCGAACUGUACCGAUGAACCAAUUAUAAUGCGAUUGAACUAAGAAUAGGACCGACUGGGCGCCACAUUUUGACGUCAUAGCUGUCAAUU